ACCGAAGCAAUUUCUCUGGGAGACGACUGCCACACCAGAAUGCCCCAGACAACUCUUUUACCGCGAAACUCACUCGUUCCCUUUUCCACUACUGCCUAAUAUUAUAACACGUUUCCUUUAUUUGGAUGGACAGGACGAUGGAGACGCUGAAAACAAGUGUUGGUACUUUGAAUGAAGAAGUCCUCAAGAGACUGUCCAAGAUGUUGGACAAUUCAUCUUGCGGAUGGAGGCAACUAGCGAAUGCUGUGGCCGAGCACCCGAAAUUCCGCUGCAGUGACAGAGAGGUGACCAACUGCUCACUUGAGGUGCUGAGUCCUGCAGGCAGCCCAGGACGUACCCUCCUGGCCUGGCUCGCUGAUCGCUUCUGCUCCCUGGACUUCCUGCUCCACUCCCUGAGGAAAAUCAACCACCUGGAAGCUGUGCAGUACCUCUCCUCCAUAGUGGUAGAGCUGAUACAGAUUACAGAGCAGCCUCAGUCCCAGCAGGCCACAGUGGGGGGUAGGAUGGUGUUGACCUGCAGAGCCUCUGGACCUCCUGGACUUAGCUACCAGUGGUUCAGAGACAAAGAAGAGAUAUUGGAUGAGACAGGAAGCACACCAGAGCUGGUUCUGUGUCCUUUAGCUCCGGUCCACCAGGGUAACUACAUCUGUCGAGUCAACUACAGAGAAAACUGUGUCUUCUCCCAGUGGGCUCAAGUUCGCUGCAUCCUCUCUGCAGGUAUCUCCCCUCUCCUCCUUCUGUUCUCCUUAUUUCCCUCAUUGUAUCUGAUCUCACAUGAAUUAAAUCUUGUGUCCUUAGGAUGCAGCAGCAGCCUGUUUCCAGGCUCAUUGAGUGGGCUGCAUAUCAUCCACCAGCCUCAGUCUCAAGCUGUGUCUGAGGGCGACACUCUUUUCCUGCAGUGUAAAGCAGAGGCCAACCCACCUGCCCAGUAUGAGUGGUACCACAACACAGUGGCACUGAAACAACCCAAGACAUGUUCGCUGAAGAUCCCAUGUGUGACCACAGCAAACAGAGGACCGUACAGAUGCAAGGUGUUCAACUUGUAUCACGAGGUGUGGAGUGACACAGCAACAGUCAGUAUUGGCCCCAGCUCCAUCACUGAGGCCUCCUGGGUGGAAGUUGAUCGUGGGCCAGACUCACAGAAAGUCCCCAGGAAAUAUGGAAUUCAUCAGUUACAACAGAUUGCCAAACCGCCAUCAUCAGCCAAACAGUUCUAUGCAACUGACAAAGUUGCUCUCCUGAUUGGCAACAUGAACUACGUCCACCACACUCAGCUGUCUGCUCCAAUUGCUGACGUCCACGAGUUGACCAACUUCCUCAGACAAAUGGACUUCAAGGUGGUUUCCCUGAUUGACCUCAACUGGCAGGAGAUGCACAGCGCUGUCACUGAGUUCCUCCUGCUGCUUGAUAAGGGAGUCUAUGGCUUGCUUUACUUCGCUGGUCAUGGUUAUGAGAAUUUCGGCAACAGUUUCAUGGUACCCAUCGACGCUCCGGCCUCCUACACAUCAGAGCACUGUUUGUGUGUCCAGAACAUUCUCACCAGGAUGCAAAAGAAAGAGACUGGACUCAACGUAUUCCUUCUGGACAUGUGCCGCAAAAGGAACCCACAUGAUGAUGUCAUUGUACAACCAGGACUGCUCAAAGUGACGGCAAAUAUAGUGUUUGGAUAUGCCACAUGUGUAGACGCUGAGGCAUAUGAAGUGAAAAGGGAAGAUGUGUCAAAUGGCAUCUUCAUCAGCUUCCUCAAACGCAGAGUUAGUGAAGAAGAGAAGGUCACGUUCAUGCUCGACAGAGUGGCUGAAGAUAUGGGUCGUUGUGCGAUCACCAGAGGGAGGCAGGCUCUGGAGCUGCGAAGUAACCUUUCAGAACGGCGUUGCCUCACCGACCGGAUACAGACACCUGACUGUUCUGCCUCCCAAUCAGCUCGAAACCUGCAAUGGGCUGUAGCUCAUGACCUACCAAACAGUGACUGCCUGCAGUUUGACUGUGGGGUCAAGGUGCAGCUUGGGUUUGCGGCAGAGUUCUCCAACGUCAUGGUCAUCUACACGCGGAUUCUUGAGCAGCCCAAAGAGAUUGUUUCCUGCUCUGCUCAGCUUACUGACUUCCCUGAGGAUGUUGACGUUGAUCUGAAGAAGAGUAACCAGGAAACUCUUCUUGAAGCCGGCAGUUUAAUAUUAAUUAAUGAAUAUCUUCUUUCACCGGAGGUCCCUAGUCUCUAUACCCGCGUCCGAAGCCUGCAGAGACUCAGGAAGGAGCUCAAAUUCACCAUCUGCCUCCAUUACACCUAUUCCAACAUGGAUGAGGAAGUGCAGGAAAGGCAAACAGUGACAGUUGGUAAACCACUGGUCUCCAAACUCAACCUGCAUGAACCCCGACCACCUCACGCUUCUUACCCCUCGUCCUCCAGCUCUGACUCCUUCAACUUUCCUGACUGCUCUUCCCUGACAGAGGCCUUUGCCUCAGUUAGUUCAUCAAAUGCGUGGUCAUAUGAUGAACUAACUGCCACACAGUCCAAUGCCAUUGGCUCUUCACCUUCACCCAGAAGUGCUAAUGUACCAGAGGAGAUUGACAGCUCUGAUUUUGUUGAUGGGCCUAAACCUCUUGUCGCCAGCAAAAGUUUGCCUAUCAGCCAAGUGAAUGAGACAAACUACAAAUACGGUGACAUGAACGACUUUCAUUCUAACUAAGGAUAAUGACACCCCUUUAGUAUUUCUGAUCAAGCAUGUGGAUUUGUGUUUUAGUGAAAUAAAUGAUUACUACUACUACUAAGCUGACUCAGGACACUUGCUAUUGUAAAUAGUCAAUUUAUCUUAAUAAAGUUAUUUUUUACGGUUUUCUUAUCAAUUUUGUAAUAUUUUUGUUUUAUAUUAUAAUGCAUUUGAAGUUAUACACUGCUGAUCGCGUGUUUUAUGCUGUGCUUGGCAUAAAGAACAUAAAUAAA